AUUUCAUGAAAGGUAGUUUUGGUUUGAAAAAAAAAACCUCUGGCCAAAUCUCAUAAUAUUUAACAAGGCUACGUUUAACGCUUGAAAUUCUGACCAAUCAGAUUUAUUCACAGAGAAUCCUCGCGUCUGAUUGGUGAAAAAUUAAAUGAACGCCUAUCAGAAAAUAGACUGCAGGAAAGUAUGAGCCAAUCGUAGAGCUUCAUGCGGGCUGUGUCGCUGAAAAAAAAAAUCGGUUGGGGGGAAAAAACACGUUUUGUGAAGUGCGGCGCUGAUUCAGGUGGAUGCCACUUCCGCAGUUGUCCUCCGUUGGUUCGUUAGCGGCUUGUGGAGCCGCGGAGUCGCUUCAGCUCAGACAUGAGAAAGGAGAACCAGCCGGGCGUCGGGACCAGCGGGGAUCAGGAGCAGGUUCAGCGCUGCUGCGUGUGUGCGGUGGAGUAACACUGCUAGGCUGGAUUUCCUGCACUUGUUCAGCCCCGCUGUUCUCCGAGCUGUGUGAACUGACAGAGCCCGUGUGAGCUUUGCUAGCGUCACUUAGCAGUGCAGGGUUUCUCUGGUGCUCGGAUCGGGGUUUUUUCUCGGAAGGGCUUCAAAGUAUCGGGAAAGCUGGCGAGGUAGCCCAUGAUGAAUCGCUUCCGAAAGUGGCUGUAUAAGCCAAAGAGGUCGGACCCUCAGCUACUUGCCCAGUUUUACUACGCGGAUGAGGAGCUGAAUCAGGUGGCCUCAGAGCUGGAUAGUCUGGACGGCAGGAAGGACCCUCAGAGAUGUACACUGCUCGUCAACCAGUUCCGCUCAUGCCAGGACAACGUGCUGAAUAUCAUAAACCAGAUCAUGGAUGAGUGUAUACCAGAAGAUCGAGCAAACCGAGACUUUUGUGUAAAAUUCCCAGAGGAGAUUCGUCAUGACAACCUUGCAGGACAGCUAUGGUUUGGGGCAGAGUGUCUUGCAGCAGGAUCAAUCAUCAUGAACCGGGAGAUCGAGAGCAUGGCAAUGCGCCCACUGGCCAAAGACUUGACACGCAGUCUGGAGGAGGUGCGCAACAUCACUCGGGACCAAGCACUGCGAGACCUUAACUUCUACACGGAGCGCAUGAGGGAGGCGCUACGCCAGUUUGACAGCCUUUUUGCCGAGUUCGAGCUCAGUUAUGUAUCUGCCAUGGUGCCUGUAAAGUCUCCUAAAGAGUACUAUGUCCAGCAGGAGGUCAUUGUGCUCUUCUGUGAGACCGUAGAGAGGGCCUUGAAGCUUGGCUAUCUCACACAAGACAUGAUCGAUGAUUAUGAACCUGCUCUCAUGUUUACAAUCCCUCGACUAGCUAUCGUGUGCGGACUCAUUGUGUAUCCUGAUGGACCUCUUAACCUGGAAAACAAACCAGAGGACAUGUCUGAACUCUUCCGACCUUUUCGCACAUUACUGAAAAAAAUUAGGGACCUUUUGCAGACUCUGACGGAGGAGGAGUUAACGACGCUGGAGCGGAAUCUGUGCAUCUCACAGGAUGGGGAGUUUCCUGGAGACCCCGUCUCCUCUACCCCGGAGUCUGCCACCUCAGUCAGCUCCACAAAUCAGUCAGAGGAGUCCCAGAAAAGAGAAGAGCAAAAGGAUGGGGAGAGAGUGACAGAGCUGGUUCUGUGUUCCUCCCAGUGUGAAGAGGAUGAUUCAUGGGAGAAGGACCAGCAACAGUCGGAUGUCCCAAAUGAAGGAGAAGAGGACUCAGAAGUGGACCUGGCUUGUUCCAUGCAGUAUGACGAAGAGGAGAUUGAGCAGCUCAACAUGAUGGUGCAUCGUGUUGGUGAUCACAUGUCCACACUGCUCUCACCUCCAAGCCAGAGGCCAUCUCCAGCUUAUUAUCGCCAUAAAAAAAAGACCAGUGUGGGCAAAUCUAGUGUCGGGGAAUCGAGCACUUCUUCAAGCACUGAAAACUCUCCACAUCGAGCUCCGGGCUCCCAACAAGAAGAAGAUGAGCGGGUCUUCUUCAUGGAGGACUUGGAAGGCAGCGGUGGAGAUGCUGGAACUAGCUCAGGGGAAGUCCGUCAGGGACAGCGAGUCUCUCCUAUUGUGAACCUCGGCUCGCUCAAGCCCAUCAGGCCAGAGCCUACAGUUAACUCCACCUGCAAUGGGUGGAUGACAGCCUGUCAAUCAAACGAGGAUGAUGAUCAGAGCAGCCAGGAUAAACUUUGCCUGUCUUCUGAACUUGCAGGAACCUCAGAAACAUUACCACUUGUAAAUGGCUGGGAGGGGCAGCUGGACGGAGAGGAAGAAGAAGGGGUGGGACCAGCCGAGGUCAUUGCUCACCGGACAGGUGGGAUGAAGCUGUCAGCCACUGUGAUCUUUAACCCACGCUCACCUAAUCACCCUGAGUUAGUGGUUAUACCACGCACAAACGAGGGAACUGCUCAUCGCCUGCUCAACUCCUGUGUGUGCUGCACUACUGGAUGUGUCGAUGCUCAUGAUGACUCCGCAACCACAGAUACCACCACUGGAAAUGGGAAUCUGGAAUUUAGCAAGUGCAAGCUUGCUAUCACAAGCACCGUUAUCCAGUCAGCAAUGGGUGCCUGUGGUACAGGGAAGGAAGAUGCACCUUUGCCCCUCCCACCUCCACCCGGCUCACAACAAUUGAAGGCGUAUGAUGAGGACCAAGAGAGAGGAAGGCUUCCUCAUGCUCCCUGUUGUGAGAAGUGCCUCGCCAAUAGCUCCAAGCUCCCGCCACACAGAGACACUGGAGAGGACGAGUCCAGAGAAGGAUACUCUCAUCAGGAAAGUGCUUGCCCAGUAAUGGCUAGCUCUGCAGCAAAGGAUAAACAACCCAAAGAAGACUGCAAAAAUGACUCCAGUUUACAGGGAUCCCCUCUCAGUUCAGGGAGCAGCAGUGACUGUGAGAGUGUAUCUGUCACCACAUGCAGUCUAUCCAGUUCAUGCACACCAAGUUUGACCACAAGCUCUGAGAUGUCUGAGGAGCUUGAUCACCAGGAGCUUCAGCUGGCACUGCAGGCUUCUAAACUGGUUGCUCACAACAAAAUACGUGCUCGUUUCCAUAGCAGUAGUGACCUCAUCCAUCGUCUGUUUGUCUGCAUAUCUGGAGUGGCUGAUCAAUUGCAAACAAAUUACGCAAGUGACCUGAGGAGCAUCCUGAAGACGCUGUUUGAGGUUAUGGCAACAAAAUCUGAGCAAGGGGACAAUGAGAAGCAGAACAAAGUGCCGAGAGUAGGAAGUGCUGGAUUAGAAGACUGCGCUCUUUGUCAAGAGACCAUGACCUCAUCAGAACUCGCAGCGAAGGCUCGAGACGGCCAGUUCGAAGACCCCCCUGAGUGGGUUCCUGAUGAGGCCUGUAACUCCUGCAUCGCCUGUAAGGCUCCUUUCACUGUCAUCCGAAGAAAACACCACUGUCGGAGCUGUGGAAAGAUCUUCUGCUCCCGCUGCUCUUCACACUCUGCUCCGUUACCCCGCUAUGGUCAAAUGAAGCCUGUGAGAGUGUGCACUCACUGCUACAUGUUUCACGUCACACCUUUCUACAGUGACAGGACUAGUGUUUGACCAUAACCCUGCCUUGCACCACCAUCACACAUGGACAUAAGCACAUUUACCAUGCAGAGAGAUGAAAAUGUUUAGCGAAAGCUGCACCCCCCCCCCCCCCCAUGGUUGAGUUUGUGCAUAUGCACAGAUGCGCACAUUUAUUUAAUUAUAUUUAAAGAUAUAUAAAUAUUCAUGUAAAUAUGGAUACACUACAAUAUUCAAGAGACGCAACCCUAAGCAAAGAACAAAUUAGCUUUGAAGUACCGAUUUAUGAAUAAUUUAAAGUUUUAAAUGCUUAUUAUCAAGCAUAUUGAGAAAUGGCGCCAAAGUAUUUGCUGUAAUUUUCUUAAGUGGAGCAUGGUGAGGUGAAUUGGCAGAAAUGAUGAUUGUGAUCAGAGGUCCAAUCUUAGGGACUCUCACUCAGUGAUUUUAGUUAGGUUUAAAAAAAACAAAAAACAUUUUUAAUAGUCUUUUGCUAAUACUGAUUUCAUGUAAUAGUGUCAGAAGUUCAAUAGGGCUCAGAUUCUUUACUGAAUGUAAACCAUGAUGAACACGUGAGCAACUGUGACGAGUAUAAAGACAAUAAUAUGAACAUUAUUUGCACCAUUGAUUAUGCAAUAUGUGGUCGUCAUUAUCUACUGACGAGGUUUUUUUUUUAUUAUUAUUACUAUUCAAAAAGUUUAUUUAAGAAGAGAUGCUGCUCUCUAUAAUAUAUAAAGUGAGGCUUUAGAAUAUGUUGAAUGGCUGAAAAAGAUAUGUAUAUAAGCUGAAGUGGCUAUGUAUCUAAUAAAUGAGAAGAUUCUUCUUUUAAACUCUUAA